CCACAUCCAUGAUCCAUCCCUUCGUCACUCCGGAGUCAUCAUCACCAUCGUUAAUCAGAGGAUAUAUUAAGCAUUCUGUCCAAUCUUCCGCCAUGGUUCUUUCUUUUCUCGACAGCAUUGUUCACUACCAAGAUCCCAAUUCGCCGCAACUCUCCAGCCUUGCCUAUCUGUAUAUUGCUUGUUUGCUGGGUGCCAUAUUGAUCUCGUCGGACAUUCGCAUUCGCAGAGAUCGCAGUGAUGCCGGAGUUUAGUUCAAUUGCGAUGAUCGGGUGCGGAAGCAUGGGGGGCGGAAUGGCGAUGUUGUUUGCCGAGAACGGAGUGAACGUUUCGUUGUCGGACCCUGCGGAAGCGACAAUGGAUUCAUUGAUCGACAAGGCCGAGAAAGCAGGAUAUCACGGAAAGCUUUCCAAGUACACAGACUACAAAUCUCUCUGCAGCUCACUCUCACAACCGCGGCUUCUAUUCUCCUCUCUACCCCAUGGAAAUGUCGGUGACAAGGUGCUCGAAGGUUUGAUGCCUAAUCUCUCACGGAAUGACAUCAUCCUCGAUUGUGGCAACGAACAUUUCGAGAAUACCGAGCGUCGACAGAAGAGAUGCACUGAGCCAGGGAUCCGAUAUAUCGGCUGCGGAGUCAGCGGUGGGUACCAAGCCGCACGCGCUGGACCUUCAAUGUGCCCUGGUGGUGACAAAUCUGCCCUCGAGGAAGUGCUGCCUUUGCUCAAGAGCGUCGCUGCGAAAGAUAAGAAUGGGAAAUCAUGUGUGGGCAUCGUUGGUACCGGAGGAUGUGGCCACUAUGUGAAGAUGAUUCACAACGGUAUCGAGCAUGGAAUGAUGAGCGCUAUCUCCGAAGCAUGGGGCAUCAUGAGGAAGAUGAGUCUAGGCUACGAAGAGAUUGGCUACAUCUUCGCAAAAUGGAACGGUUCAGGCGAACUGAGAGGAACGUUCCUUGUCUCGAUCGGCUCUGAUCUCUCACACAAGCGCGAAUCAGGGCCCACGGACGAUAGAACCUCAGGAAACCACCCUCUUGUCAUCUCCGAGGUCCUCGACAAAGUCGUCCAAGAUAUUACUGGCGAGGAAGGCACAGGCGUUUGGUCCAACACCGAAGCGAUCGAACAACAUAUUCCCGCCUUCACGCUAAACAUAGCUCAUGGCUUCCGCCUUGCAUCGGCCUACCGUGGUAGCCGUGAAGAAGCAAACACAACUUUCGCCGGCGGGUUCCCUCCUCAGACGCUCGAGAUCCCAGAUCGAACCGCAUUCCUAGAAGACCUCAGGAGAGCAACAUACGCCGCAUGCGUAGCAUCCUUCAUCCAAGGUCUCAACACCAUCGCCGCAGCUGACAAAGCGCAUGGAUGGAACGUCAACUAUGCCGAAGUAUGGCAGAUAUGGCGCGCAGGCUGCAUCAUUCAGGCCGACUACAUAUCCGACGAACUUCUGGCGCCGGUCCUCAGAGCACCGAACGCGAAUCACUCGACUAUCAACCUCCUUAGUAAUGACAAAGCUGCAAGCUCGCUGCGGCAUUGCUACCCGUCGCUUCGCCGCGUUGUUGCGAAAGCUGUUGAGACAGACCAAGUCGCUCCGGCGCUCGGUGCAACGCUUGAGUACUUCAAAGUCGUCACUGGCACGGACCUGCCGACGUCCUUUUAUGAAGCGGAGCUGGACUACUUCGGCUCGCACAUGUUCGACAAGAAGGGUGAUCAAGACAAGGAAGUCAAGAAGCCAAUGGAGGGGAAGCACCACUUCGAGUGGAAGCCUGCGGUCAGCCAGAAUGACACGUACGGAUAUAUCGGGACGAAGCAGUAG